AUGCUCCGGCGUCGCCGGAGCCACUACGCGAACGGGAUGCGCGCGGGGCACGGCGUGGUGACGUGGCCCGAGGGGUCCAAGUACUCCGGCCAGUUCGAGCGCGGCAAGGCAAACGGCGAGGGGUACCUGCUCAGAACGGACGGAUCAGUGUACAAGGGCCAGUUCGGCGAAGACUGCAUGAGCGGCGAGGGCUGCAUGCAGUGGAAGGACCGCCCACUUGAUACGUUCUAG